AUGACGGCAAGCCUGAAGGCCCUUGGCCUUUAUUCGCCCCACGGGUAUCGUAUGAAGGACCUUUGGACGGGCAACGUUCAUGCCGAGGUCGUGCCUUGUAAUUCGGUGAUCAAGGUUCGGAUCAACCCUACCGGCGUGGUAAUGCUGAAGGCGAGGGUUAUUUUACCCUACAAGGAGGGCGAGGAGCCUGAUGAGGAGGAGGACGAAGGCAGCCAAGAUAUGACCGAUUGCUGCCCUUAUCCGAAGCCCGAGAAUAUGACAUGCAAUAAAUGCGACUAUACCAAUUAUAAGAAAGGUUCCCGAAGUAACAUUGUCGAUGCGAUAGAAUACGAAGAAGACGACGACGAUAUUGAUAAUGGAGGAGAUGGGGAUGGGAUUAGAGAGAUUGAAUAG